AUGGUAACAUCUCUCACACCGCUGAGCAAUACAAAUGAGAUGACGUCUGGUUGGGAAAAUCAACCAUUUGCUGGAACUUGGCCUGAAGACAACAAAGUUAUUGAAAUCAAACGUCCUAUCCAGAAGAAAUCUAAACGGUGGCAAGGUCGUACGACAUUCACAACCGAUCAAAUAUUAGCAAUGGAAUACUUUUACAGCAAAAAGAGAUUUAUCAACGUAAAGGAAAGACAACAACUAUCUUAUUCAUUAAAUUUAACACCCAAAAACAUCAAGUUAUGGUUUCAAAACAGAAGGAUGAAAGAGAAAAAGUUCAAAGGUGACUCUUAUUCAGAUUGUAUGAGCAAUGAGACAAGUGCGAGCAGUAUCAUCAAUGAGGUCGGUAAUAAUUCAGAGGUGUUACCUCCACCUGCUUAUAGAACAACCGCUACAGAGAAUUCACCACAAUGUGUCACGUCUACUGUCAAUUGUCCAAAAGUUGUCGAUGACGAAAAUCAAAACCAAAAUAAUUCGAAAUCUACCCAACCUCUUCUGAUGUUACUGCAAAAUUUUUGUAAAACUAUACAACCGCCAUUCGAUAACGAAUAG